GUCGCUGGAGGUGCGAGUGUUCCCGGCUGCUGUACGGACGGUGAACUGGGGCGUCUGCAGCAGCCCCCCCCCCACGCGCCCAAGGGCCUCGGGGCAGCGUGGGACGCUUUGGGCGCGAAUCCGAGGCUGGCUGUGCAUCCCCACCUUUCCUGUCCAGUCCUCCGGCAGUGGCGUGAAAAGGGGAUUAAGGCGAGGGGGAGUAGGAAGAAAAGAUCCAGCUAGAUUUCCGUGCAGAUGGAAUGAGGUUAAGCCCUGUGAGCACAUACCAAAGAAAGACAGAAAAUGAAGUUAAAGCUUAAGGAACUAGAAAGCCGCCUGCAACAAGUGGAUGGAUUCGAAAAACCCAAGCUACGUCUAGAACAGUAUCUGACCCAGCCACACAUUGCAGCUCGUAUGCUAUAUACAAUCCAUAGCACAUAUGAUGACAUUGAAAAUAAAGUGGUUGCAGAUCUAGGAUGUGGUUGUGGAAUGCUUAGCAUUGGAACUGCAAUGUUAGGAGCAGGACUGUGUGUUGGAUUCGACAUAGAUGAAGAUGCGCUAGAAAUAUUUAACAGGAAUGUGGAAGAGUUUGAAUUAACAAAUGUUGAUAUGAUUCAAUAUGAUGUGUGCUCAUCAUCUAACAGAAUGCCCAAGUCAUUUGAUACAGUGAUUAUGAAUCCUCCCUUUGGGACCAAAAAUAAUAAAGUCGUGAUUAUCCAGGGCUUCUCCGUGGAGAUGCAUGUUCAGAAAAAGGCUGCAGAAUGGAAAAUCAAGAUUGAUAUUAUUGCAGAGCUUCGAUAUGACCUGCCAGCGUUAUACAACUUUCAUAAAAAGAAAUCAGUAAGUCUCUUGAUUCUGGCCUGUCUAGCAUUUAAUACUGAAAAACUAUAUACAAGUAAAUAUUUCUACUGUUAUCAAGUUGCCUGGGUAAAUAUAGAAAAGCCAGCCUCAGAGUAG